AAGCAUGUGUGACUAGAGAGAGAAAAAAGAGGAGAGAGAGAGAGAGCGCGUCACGCCUUCCGCGCCAGUAGUCUGCUAAACGACGAACCCAUUUUGAUCGAGUAGUACUCACAAUAUCCAGAUUCCCCCUAUCCCCACCACCACCUGCCCCACCAAAGGCAGUUAUAGAGAGAGAGAGAACAACAGAAAACCAGAGUCAUUUGUCAUUGCCCUCUUGCAGCUGUUUUUAGAGAGAGAGAGAGAGAGAGAGGGAGAGAUCAGGCCUGUGUUUCGACGCAUCUUCGUCAUGAUCAUGAGCAGUAGCUUUGACUAAAGAGGAUAGGAAUCUCUCCGCUUUCUAUUAAGCUUUCAAAAGCUAACUCGAGAGAGCUUCAACUUCAACCCCAUUCGUUGCUAUCUAGCUAGACCUCAUUUGUUGCUAUCUAGCUAGCUAGCUCCUGUUUCUGCCUCAUCUUUUCUACAGAGACAGAGAGGGAGACAUGUUUUUGAGCUGAAUCGGAACCACUACGUUUCACAGAAGGAAAACAGAGAACUAGUGGGGGCCUUGCUUAAUGCUUACGAUAAUGCUUAUGGGUUUUGUUCCUUUCUGGGUUUUGCGGUGCUCUGUCAAUCUUUCUCGAGCCCAAUGCCUCUCUGUAUAAAGUUACCCCAGCUUUUCCGGGUUCUUUGUUCUCCACUUCCCUCUACCACUCACAACAUUCCAAUCCCCAGGCUUGUUUCUUUCUUUUCUUUUAUAGUAGCUCAUUGGUUCCUUUUAUGUUGUGUGGGCAUGACACUGAUGAGUUUGCACUUCACAUAAAUAAUAAAAAGCACUGUUUGGUUGAAGUUUUCAGAAUCAGUUGGUGGAAGACUUGUCAUAACUAAUUUUGGAUGUCGAUUCUUCUUGAAACUUUUUAUAAGGAAAAACCAUUUUGAGAAAAAAAAAUCACUUUCUAAAAGAUGAGAAAGAUAUGGAAAUGAUGAGUACCCUUAUUUCUAUAUAGUAGUUCAUGAGAAGUUAUUUUGCGUAACUAAUUCUGAAAAUAACAACCACGCUGGAGUUUUCAAGGAUUUAUUAAUGGGUGAUGUUUUGUCCCAUUAGAACUUAAGGCUUUCUCUAGUAAUUGCUUCUCUGGGGCUAAACACUUCACAGAUGGAUCACCGCAUACUUCUUUAAUUACGCCAGUAAUUGCAAUUGCCAUCUUAAUUGUCAUCCUAGUUUCAACUGCCUUCACAAGUGACGAGGGAAUUGCUUUCAUUAGGAGUAUUGUCUGUAAUUGAGCUUGAGACUGAAGUGAUGCUGAAACAGGAGCUAGUAAACCUAGCAUGGAGCAUCUUUUCCUGAAGUGUCUCAGGUGAAACUCUCUUGGACAAAGAAGUGCAGUAACCAUAUAGAAGAAAACCAGGAUUUGGUACAGAGGGGAAAAUGCCAACUCCAAGAUGGAAGGCCAUUCAUAUCCACUUCAUCAUCCUCUGGUGCUUCCUGCAUUCAUCCUUCUCAAAUGCAGUUUAUGUUGGUGACAUAAGUUCGUUAGUUGCUCUAAGAGACACUCUUGUCCAAAGAAGAGAUGUCAUUCCAAGUUGGUUUGAUUCAAAGAUUCCCCCCUGCAACUGGACCGGCAUACAAUGUGAGGGUCACACAGUCCGCCAAAUAAACUUAUCUUGCACACUUUUACCCAUGGAUCUUCCUUUUCCAAACCAUCUUGGAGAAUUCAGAUAUCUGAAGCAUCUUAAUCUCAGCCAUUGUGCCCUCACAGGACGUAUUCCGGAAAAUCUUUGGGGUCUGGAGGAUUUAGAGACCCUUGACCUAAGUGACAACAGACUGUUUGGAGUUCUGCCACCAACCAUUUCUAACCUGAAAAGUUUAACACAACUUGUGCUUGAUGAUAAUAGCUUCUCUGGCAGUUUACCAUCAGCUAUUGGCCAGCUAAGAAACCUCACUGAACUCUCACUCCAUGCAAACUCAUUUUCUGGGGAUCUUCCACCUGAGCUUGGAAAUCUCCAAAAGUUGAUUUCCAUCGACCUCAGUGAAAAUUUCUUCUCUGGCUACCUACCUUCAAGCAUAGGAAAUCUUUCAAAGCUAUUAUACUUUGAUGCAAGUCAAAAUGGAUUCACAGGGCCUCUAUUUCCAGAAAUCGGAAAGUUGGCGACACUUAGGCGUCUUGAUCUUUCAUGGAACUCGUUGACUGGAAAUAUACCAAUGGAAGUGGGGAACUUAAGUAGCCUAGAUUCAUUGAAUGUGGAAAACAACUUCUUAAAUGGAGCAAUACCCACAACAAUCGGCAAUCUGGGAAAUCUAGAGGUUCUUAAUCUCCAGGGUUGCAGAUUCACAGGAAAUGUUCCAGAAGAAAUCUCUAAGCUGUAUCAGUUGACUUACCUGAAUAUAGCACAGAACGAUUUUGAGGGAGAAAUUCCGUCAACCUUUGGAAAACUGUUGAAUCUGGUUUAUUUUCUUGCUGCCAAUGCAGGACUGAGCGGAAGGAUUCCAGGUCAACUAGGAACCUGCAAGAGGCUCAAGAUUCUGAAUUUGUCCUUCAAUUCAUUAUACGGUCCAUUAGCAGAUGGGCUUUCGGGCCUUGAAUCGAUAGACUCAGUCAUACUUGAUUCCAACCGCCUUUCAGGGCCAGUGCCGGAAUGGAUUUCCAAAUGGAAGCAAGUUGAGUCUAUAAUGUUGGCGAAGAACUUGUUUAGGGGAUCUCUACCACCUCUCAAUCUUCCAUCCUUGACCCUACUUGAUAUAAACGGAAACUUGCUUUCUGGUGAGCUGUCUUCAGGAAUAUGCAAUGCUGAGUCACUUGCCAUUUUGCUGCUUUCAGACAACAACUUUACCGGUAGUAUAGGAAAUACUUUCAGGAAAUGUUUCAGCCUCACGGAUUUGGUGUUGUCUGGAAACAAUCUGUCUGGUGAAAUACCUCCUUAUUUGGGUGAGCUUCAGUUGGUUACUUUGGAAGUGUCGAAAAACAGACUAUCCGGGAAAAUUCCAGCCCAACUAUGGGAGUCCAAAACACUUCUGGAGAUUUCACUCAGUAACAAUUUUCUUGAAGGUCCGAUUCCAUGGGCUGUUGCUAAAGCCUCCUCACUUCAGAGGUUGCAACUGGAUAAUAAUCUCUUUGAAGGGAAAAUUCCAACUUCUAUCGGUGAACUAAAAAAUCUGACCAAUCUGUCCCUACAUGGCAACAAGUUGAUUGGGGGAAUCCCAUUGCAGCUAUUUGAGUGUACGAGAUUGGUGUCCUUGGACCUUGGUUCAAACAAACUGAGUGGUCCAAUUCCAAAACCCAUCUCGCGGCUGAAACUGAUUGACAACCUUGUUCUAUCCAACAACAAAUUCUCUGGUCCAAUACCUGAAGAAAUCUGCUCCGGUUUUCAAAAGAUAGCAUUACCAGAUUCUGAAUUCACCCAGCAUUAUGGCAUGCUCGACUUGUCGCAUAACGAGUUUGUGGGGACUAUUCCUGCAUCAAUUAAGCAGUGCAUUGUGGUAACAGAAUUACUACUGCAGGGAAACAAACUCAGUGGAAGUAUCCCUGCUGAGAUUUCAGGUCUGGCUAACUUAACACUGCUUGAUCUGUCUUUCAAUUCCUUGACAGGGCCACCUUUUCCCCUACCGUUCUCAAUGCAAAACCUUCAAGGACUUAUACUUUCUCAUAACCAGUUAUCUGGCUCAGUUCCUUAUAAUCUUGGUUCAAUGGUGCCUAGCUUAGCCAAACUCGACCUCUCGAAUAACCGGCUGACCGGUUUACUGGCUUCUUCUGUUUUCUGUAUCAAAACUCUAACCUACCUAGAUGUCAGUUUGAAUUCAUUCUCAGGGCCAAUCUCUCUCAACUUUGGUUCCACCACCUCUCUUCUAGUCCUGAACGCAAGCAACAAUCUCUUUUCUGGCACUCUAACUGACUCUCUCUCUAACCUAACCACCCUUUCCGUACUUGACAUUCACAACAACUCAAUCACUGGAAAUGUGCCUUCUUCUCUCUCCAAUCUUGCUGCCUUGACAUACCUAGACUUCUCCAAAAAUAACUUCCAAGGCUCUGUCCCUUGUAACAUCUGUGACAUAGAAGGCCUUUCUUUUGUCAACUUUGCCGGCAACAAACUCACCGGAAACAUCCCACAAACUUGCACCGACCCAAAACCUUGCAUUCUAGACCAACCCAUUUUGCCUUCCAUCGGAAAAUACCCGCCGUCACAGGUUCUGACCCGUGCUUCUGUUUGGGGCAUAACUCUCAGUGCCACAUUCAUUUUGCUAGCGCUUCUCCUUUGUCUUGUCAGAUGGAAAAUGCUGAGACAAGAAUCUGGGAUUCUCAAACUGGGAAAGGGUAAAAAACUUGUCACAACAGUUGACCCAGAAUCCAUUGAUGAACUUGUCAGUAAAAGAACCAAAGAGCCGUUGAGUAUCAACAUUGCCACUUUUGAACACUCUCUACUGCGAAUAAACCCUGAUGACAUUCUGUCUGCCACUGAAAAUUUCAGCAAGACUUAUAUCAUCGGCGAUGGCGGAUAUGGCACUGUUUACAAAGCAUCCCUGCCAGAAGGGCGUAUCAUCGCUGUGAAAAGGCUCAAUGGCAGCCACUUGCACGCUGACCGUGAGUUCUUGGCUGAGCUCGAGACCAUCGGAAAAGUGAAGCACGAAUACUUGGUCCCACUUCUUGGGUACUGUAUGUUUGCCGAUGAAAGGUUCUUGAUAUACGAGUACAUGGAAAAUGGAAGCCUAGAUGUUUGGUUGAGGAACCGGGCCGAUGCAGUCGAGUCUCUGGACUGGCCGACCCGGUUCAAGAUCUGUCUCGGGUCAGCCCGUGGGCUGGCCUUUUUGCACCAUGGGUUUGUACCCCACAUUAUACAUAGGGACAUCAAGUCAAGCAACAUACUGUUGGACAGCGAGUUUGAGCCUAGAGUUUCAGAUUUCGGGUUGGCGCGUAUAAUUAGCGCGUGUGAGAGUCACGUGAGUACGGUGUUGGCGGGGAGUUUUGGGUAUAUACCGCCGGAGUAUGGUCAGACAAUGGUGGCGACGACGAAGGGCGAUGUGUACAGCUUUGGGGUGGUGAUGAUGGAGGUGGUGACGGGGAGGGCUCCUACCGGACAGGCAGACGUGGAGGGAGGCAAUCUGGUGGGGUGGGUGAGGUGGAUGGUGGCGCAUGGGAGGGAAGACGAGGUGUUGGACGCGUGUUUGGACUCAUGCAAGGAUCAGAUGGUAGGGGUUCUUGGGAUAGCUAGGGCGUGCACAUGCGACGAGCCAUGGAGGCGGCCGACGAUGGUUGAGGUGGUGAGGAUGUUGAUGGACGUGAAGAAGAAAACAGGUGCCUAAAAUGGGAAUUCAAAUAUUCAGGAGUCUGUAGGCCUGAUUAGGGUUGGAAAAAUGGUGGUCUGUUUAAAGUUGUAGUAGUUCUAUGUAUGUAAUGCAAGUUGAGAAGAAACUUGUAGUGGAUGAGCAAUUUAGACCAGAAGCAAGAAAUUGUAUCCUAAGUGUUGAACUAGUAAUAAUUUCUAUCAAUACAAAGUGCUUGCUUCA